AUGACUCCCCGGUCAUUGUCGCACAUCCUCCGGGCACGCUGCCUGCUUCGCGCACCCCAGAACAAGCAGGCCUUCUCCACCGGAUCUCGCCUCCGUGCCGCGGACCACGGUGAUCACUACGAUCCUCCUACCGGCUGGCUGUUCGGUGUCAAGCCCGGUCAGAAGUACCAAAAGGAAGGCUGGGAGAACAUCUGGUACUACGGAUUCAUUGGAAGCUUGUUGGUUGCUGGAGUCGCAUAUGUUUUCAAGCCUGAUACUUCGAUACAAACAUGGGCUCUUGAAGAGGCUCGCAGGAGACUGGAGGCCGAGGGCAUCCUCGAGGACCCCGAUAAGGUCAAGAAAUAA